CAGGUAAUCCCCCCCCAUCCAGUCGAGGUAUGUUCUAUGAAUGCGGCUUUUGGAGACUAAUUAUUACUCCCUCUAGGUCAAUUCACUAAAAAUGUCUAAUUUCUAUUUUUGUCAUUUUUUUUACACUUUUACCCUUACUACAACAACACAACACCACAUAAAUAUCAAUAUCCUUUAUGGAAAAAGAGAGUUUUCCACUCACUUUUAAGUGGUCUCCCACCCCUCCUUGAUUUUUGGUGCAAAACUCAAAUGUACCAUUCUCUAUGAAUAGGAAGGAGUAUUUUGGUAAACAAAAUACUAUAUAUUAACAAAAAAAACAAGGAUAAAAUAUCUAUUAACAAAAAUUUAAAAUAUAUAUUUCAUUAAUUCAAGAUUAAGGUUUAUACAAAGUAAUCUAACCAUACAAGAAAUUACAAAAAUAUAAUCUAUACAGACACUUACACAUAAAAAUGCUCAUAGAUUAAUAAUACGAUCAGCUAUCGACAACAUCAAAACCCGGCAACAAACUGUCCAUACUUAAGACAAAGUUGAGAAUACACCAGAAUGUUGAAACAUCUUUAGGGGAAAAUUAGAAAAAGCAUGAUCAAAUGGUUUCUCCAAACCAUGACUUGCAAAGUCCUGUCAAGGAAGAAAAUGGGAGAGUAAUUUGCUACUUCUAUACAGUUCACUGUUUCACAACAAAAAAAUUGUUAUCAAAAUCGUCGGAAAGCAUCUAAGAAAUACAAUCACGUCGUAAACAUUGCAAAAAUAAGACAUUGAGUAAUCGAAUUUAUCAACAAUUGGAUGAAAGAGAAGACGAAAACCCCAUUUUGAGCAAUACAAUUAAAGAAAUACAAUCAUGUUGAUGUUUGGUGGUUAUUAUAGUCAGUUUAGUAAUUGAUUAUAUUAUAACCGUAAUAGCCAGAUUUAAGUAUUAAGCUUUCGCAUUGGUUUAAAUUAAUCUUGCUUAAUUAGCUGGUUACUUUCUGGUUGUUACAAAGUAUAUAUAAAUGGGCUUCGAUAAUAAAACUUAAGCUUAUAUAUUAUCCGAUAUCAUGUCAUUAGUCAAAAACUUAAGCUUGUAGUUAAACUUAUCAAAACGAUUGGUGGGUAUGCUAUCAGGUCGAAUCAUUUUUGGAUCGAUCAUUUUUGAAUUUUCAAUCAGUUUGAGUGGAUUCGACGUGUCUUGAGUUUUUUAUAACACUAAAAUUUUUAUCAAUAAAUAAAAGGAAGUUUAUUUUGUUUAUAUAAAAAAAAUGAAAGAUCUUAUAAAUAUGACCAAUAUACUACUUUGAUUAAGGCUUAAACAUAGAAAUGAAAACACAAAAUAUUAAAACUGACGAGAAAUAUAGGGUUUUAGGUGCCGACCAACAAUUAGUGGUGUGGAAUCGAAAAGGUCAACAUAUUUGGAAAAACAACUCAAAACGGCUGAGUUUGAGUUUCGUUUAAAUUAAACCUAAUUUUUUAGUUUUUUGGGUCGUCGGGUCAAUUAGGAGUCAAAAUUUUUUAUCAGGUGAAACUUGACUACUUUACUUAUAAUUGAAAUUAAAGUUCCAGAAUAAUGCAUGAGCGAAAAAGUUGGAUGUUGGAUGAAUAACAAUGGACGAAUAAGUUGCCUCUUGGUCGACAAGGGUGAAAAAGCCUUUUAUACAAGUAUAUUUAAAUAGAUUGUGUUAAAAAUAGUUAAAAACCCUCAACAAAUACGACCAUGGCUUGUAGUGGAAUUGGGUCGAUUCGGGUUGGGGAGGAACUUCAUCGACAUGUUGUUCGUUGUGGAUUCCAUAAUGAUGUUUACGUGUUGAAUGCACUUGUAGACAUGUAUGCUAAAUGUGGUGAUAUAGUGAAAUCUAUGAAUGUUUUCGAAACGAGUCGCUCUAAGGAUUUGGUUUCAUGGAAUUCAAUGAUUCUAUGGUAUAUUCACCAUGGACUUUUAGCCAAAGCAAUGGAGAUUUUCCACAACAUGGUUAAAACUGGAUUGGAGCCUGAUCAUGUUACAAUAUCAAUAAUUAUCUCUAGAAUUUCAGUGUUUAUAAUUGGAGCCCAAAUGCACGGAUGGGUUAUUCGUAGAGGUCUAAAUCGGAGCUUGCCUAUCACAAUUCUGAUCGUUUUCUACUCUAACCACGGCCAUUUGGAUCAAUGUCAAUGGCUGUUUGCUCAAAUGCCAGAAAAGGAUAUUGUCUCGUGGAAUUCGGUCAUUUCUGCACAUCGAACCCCUCGAGCAUUGACAUGCUUUAAACAGAUGGAGGAGACUGGUGCAACGCCUGAUGCUAUCACAUUUAUGGCUCUGCUAUCAGCUUGUGCACAGUUAGGAUUGGUGAACGAAGGAAAAAAUUUCUUCUCAUCAAUGAUAGAAGAGUAUGAAAUUACCCCGAUCAUGGAGCAUUAUGCUUGUCUGGUUAAUCUUUACAGAAAGGUAGGAAUGAUCAAUGAAGCAUAUGAUAUUAUAUCAAACAAAAUGGAGUUUGAGGCUGGACCGACAGUUUGGGGAGCCUUGUUAUAUGCUUGUUUCCUGCACGCCGAUUGUGAAACUGCUGAGCUUGCUGCUCGACACCUUUUCGAGUUGGAACCUGAUAACGAGCAUAACUUUGAACUGCGAAUAAGGAUAUAUGACAAUCUUGGUAGAUUAGAAGAUUCAGAUCGAGUGAAAAUGAUGAUGAUCGACAGAGGUUUGGAUUCAUAGAUGUCAUAAUACAGAAAACUACUUGAAUGUAUCCAAAAAUACCCAUUAAGACACCAAAUAGCAUACAAUAGCUUAUGACGCUUAUCCAUCAAUUAUAUCUCAUUUCCAUCACUUUUGUCCUCAAAACCAACUAGUUAUACUAAUCUUAAUUUGUUACUUUAACCUUUAAGACCAAAUUUCUUCUACACUUUAAUUGUCAUCUAAUCACAUGACUAAUUAACACAAGACUCAAGUCACACUUCUUUCAAAGAUUUUUGUAAAACUUAUGUCAUUAUUACCCAUCGACUUAUUUUCAUAGAAAUAAACGUCAUGAUUACCCUUAGCUUAUGGAGCAUAUUUUUCGAUAUUUGUUCGAAAUAAAUAAUUAAUUUAAUGAAUACCUUAAUAUUUUGUCUAUUAAAUAAAAAAGUUAAAAGCUCAGAAUUUUAAUGGAAAUUUCACAAUCAAAAAUAAAUAAAAGAUUUAACCAGGUUUGGAAGAUGUGUUAAUAAAUGAGGUUUCAUAUAUUUGACUUUGCCGCACAUCUAAUAUAUAAUUGAUAUGGCAAGAAUCAUAUAUUUUUCAUGUACUGCCCAAAAUUUUAUUUAUUAAGUUUGUGAUCAAGUGGUUGCACUAAUUACGGAUCUGAUGUGUUUACAUGAUAUUAUUAAUUAUAAUAAAAUAAUCAUUGGAACCAUGUGUUUAUAUAGU